AUGACUCCAGCUGCAGUUUCUCACGUCGGAUACGACGAGAGGAGCGGCGAGAGAAGAAAAGAGAGUGCACCCCAGGCCCAUAUAAGCACCAUGAGCGUCCAGCUGUGCUUCCUUUUCUUCCUGGUGAAUGAAGCUGCAGCUCUUUUACACCUGCGACAGCUCUCGCCGUGCCAAGUGCUGCAGAGUGAGGUGAACUGCAGACAGCUGAACUUGAGACGAAUCCCCCAUCAGCUGCCUCCAGGCAUCCAUUCACUGGAUCUGUCACUCAACCUCCUCCAGAAUCUCACCGAGGACGUCCUUUCCUCCUAUCCCACCAUCCACCAGCUCAAUCUUCACUAUAACAUGAUCCAGUUCAUCCAGCCGGGCCUUUUCAGAGACAUGACCCACCUGAAAGUCCUGGACCUUUCCAACAACCAGCUGGACACGUACGCGGCCUUGAAAACCCACGUGGGGCCGCUCACUAGCGUCCAGGAACUCGACCUGUCUGGGAACGGACUCUAUACGGACAUGAGCGACUUUUUUCUGAGAGAUGCUCCUGCUUUAACUAACCUCUCGUUAAACGGAAACAGCAUCACCAAAAUAGGCAAGGAUACCUUUAACGGCUCGCUCGCCUUGAAGAGCAUAGACUUACAUAACAACGUUAUUUUAGAAAUCGAGGAGGGUUCGUUUGACCCUCUGCUGCAUCUUACAGAUCUCGAUUUAUCCGUGAACUCCAUCUCGUGCAUUACGGACUUCAAUCUCUUCCAACUGAAGUCGUUAAACCUGAGCAAAAACAGCAUGACGUCCUUCCAGAGCGUCGACACGGACCCCGAGUUUGAGCUACUUUACCUGGACCUAAGAGAGAACAAGAUCCGCUACUUCCCCGUCCUGCCUCGCAGAAACAAGAUCCUGUAUUUGGACCUCUCGCGGAACCAAAUCCACAGCCUGAACUACACCAGCGAAGCUGAAGAGCUUCAGUACCUUAGAGAAAGAGAAGAGUGGGCGCACCCAUCGCCCCACAGGCGCAAACGUCCCCAGAAGCUUUAUAGUCUUCUGUACCUGGAUUUAUGCUACAACCAGCUGAAGGCCAUCCCUCCUGGAUUUUUCUGCAGCAUGGUGGCUUUGGAGACCCUCAACAUCAGCAAUAACUGCCUGGACCACUUUGUGUCGGACACUGAAAGCCCCCUUAAUACACUGAAGACCCUUGAUCUGAGCUUCAACAAUCUGCAAAAGCUAAGCUUCCAGGAGAACACACUGCAAGCCCUAGAGAAGCUCUAUGUUCAGGGCAACUAUCUCAGCACACUGGAUCCAGAAAUCUUCUCCAGACUACCCAGCAUUGUCAACCUGCAGCUUCAGCGAAAUGACCUGAGUGUCUGCGGUCCAGAUCAGAACCAGACAGACUGUGUCUCUCUGAAUUCCAUCCCUACCCUGCAAUACCUCUACCUCUCUGAGAAUAACAUGCUGUCCUUGCCAGCGCAUGCCUUCCGGGAGAGUCCGUUACUCAUCCUGGACCUGUCCUUAAACCCUGGCAUAGAAAUCAAUGAGGAUUCACUAUCAGGCUUAGAAAGUACCAUCACACACCUCUUCUUGAAAGGGGACGAACUAGAGUCACUGAAUAUUAACCUGUCAGUCUUACACAGCUUGAAGGUUGUCGACUUGUCUAGUAACCGGUUGACUAGUCUUCCACUGGGGAGCAGAGACUCCUCCAUUGAAAGUUUAAAUCUGCAGAACAACAACCUGGUGACCCUGGACAUUCACACAGUCAUGGCACUAAAGAACAAGCUGAAAACGCUGUACAUGGGCUCAAAUCCCUUAAACUGCUGCGGAAACAUGCCGCUCAUCAACCUGGUACAGCAGGCCAGCGUGGACAUCCCUGACAUCGCCAUGGUUACCUGCCAGCACAUAAAGGAUGCCGGUUAUAUAGACGAGCUCAAUCUUAGAAAUGUGAAACCCGAGCACUGUGAAACUCUGAACAGCACCGAAGUUCUGGUGAUUACCGUCAUCACGGUGCUGGUUUUGGGGCUGGUCGUGGUUUUACUGGUGUCUGUAAAGUUUUGCCACACGAGGAGUCACAGAUUUAACAACAGCUACAAGGCUUGA